UGUAUAGUCGGAUUUGUAUACUCAUUUCACCCAACUUCCACAUAAACCCCCUAUCUCUCUCCCCUCACUCUCUCUCUCUCUCGGGCCGCCAUCCUAUGGCUUCUUCACUAUCCCACCCCCCUACUCUCUCCCUCUCCAAACCCUUCAAUCCCCCCUUGUCUCUCCACCACACCUCCCCCUUUCACUCUCUCCUAAACCUCAAGAAGAAGCCCCCCAUUCUCCGAUGCUCAAUCACCCCCCGCCCCAGCUACAUCCCCCACCGCAUUCCCGACCCCCAUUACGUCCGCAUCUUCGACACCACUCUCCGCGACGGCGAACAAUCCCCCGGCGCCACCAUGACUGCCAAGGAGAAGCUGGACAUCGCUCGCCAGCUGGCCAAGCUCGGUGUUGACAUCAUUGAGGCUGGCUUCCCCGCCGCCUCCGACGCCGAUCUCGAGGCCGUUAGGAUGAUUGCUAUGGAAAUUGGGAAUAUGGGUGGAGAGGGAGAGAAUGAGUAUGUGCCUGUUAUUUGUGGAUUGGCUAGGUGUAAUAAGAAGGAUAUUGAUUCGGCGUGGGAGGCGGUGAGGUUUGCUAAGAGGCCUAGAAUUCACACGUUUAUCGCCACGAGUGAGAUUCAUAUGAAGUAUAAGUUGAAGAAAACGAAGGAGGAGGUUGUGGAGAGGGCCAGGAGUAUGGUGGCUUAUGCCAGGAGUUUGGGCUGCCAGGAUGUUGAGUUUAGUCCCGAAGAUGCUGGAAGGUCUGAAAGGGAAUUUUUGUACCACAUUUUGGGAGAGGUCAUCAAAGCUGGAGCUACAACUCUUAAUAUCCCUGACACUGUUGGCUAUACUGUGCCUAGUGAGUUUGGACAAUUGAUUGCUGACAUUAAGGCCAACACUCCUGGAAUUGAAAAUGUCAUCAUAUCAACACAUUGCCAAAAUGAUCUUGGACUUUCUACUGCAAAUACUUUAGCGGGGGCAUGUGCAGGUGCUAGACAAGUAGAGGUGACCAUCAAUGGCAUCGGUGAGAGAGCUGGUAAUGCUUCUUUGGAGGAGGUAGUUAUGGCACUUAAAUGCCGCGGGGAACAGGUAAUGGGCGGUCUUUAUACCGGCAUUGAUACUAAACACAUCGUGAUGGCUAGCAAAAUGGUAGAAGAGUACAGCGGACUUCUUGUGCAACCCCACAAGGCUAUAGUUGGAGCUAAUGCUUUUGCACAUGAAAGUGGCAUCCAUCAGGAUGGAAUGCUUAAGCAUAAAAACACGUAUGAGAUUAUAUCUCCUGAAGAUAUUGGGCUUCAUCGUUCUGAUGAAUCUGGUAUUGUCCUUGGGAAACUUAGUGGACGCCAUGCUUUUAGAUCCAAACUUUUGGAGCUUGGAUAUGACAUUGAUGGGAAGGAAUUCGAUGAUCUUUUUUGGAAUUUCAAGUCUGUAGCUGAAAAGAAAAAGAAUAUUACGGAUGAUGACUUAAUAGCCCUAGUCUCGGAUGAAGUUUUUCAGCCUCAAGUUGUUUGGAAGCUAGGUGAUGUACAAGUUACAUGUGGGAGUCUCGGUCUAUCUACAGCAACUGUUAGACUGAUUGCUGCUGACGGCGUGGAACAUACUGCUUGUUCGGUUGGAACAGGACCAGUUGAUGCAGCAUAUAAGGCAGUCGAUCUCAUCGUAAAGGUACCUGUAUCACUUCUUGAAUACUCCAUGAACGGAGUUACAGCAGGUAUUGAUGCUAUAGCCAGCACUCGUGUUUUAAUAUGCGAAGAAAACUACCACGCAACAAAGAAUGCAUACUCAGGACAAGCUAUUCAACGUAAAUUUAGUGGAACUGGUGCAUCAAUGGAUAUCGUUAUUGCUAGUGUUCGAGCCUAUGUUGGUGCAUUAAACAAGCUGCUAGGAAUAAAAAAACAAAAGGUUGAAGAAUAUGCAGGGACAGAAGCUACACAAUCUCUAUAGCUAUAGUAUUUAUCUCCAACCUAUGGUGCUGUGUCAGUUGGUCUGUUGUAGAUUAUGAAGGUUUUCUCACACGACAUAUAUCAUCAUGGAGUGCGUGAUGCUUGCUGUAUCUCCCUUGGGUAUGGCGACAACAUAAUGUGCAUGAAGAACAACAAACUGAGGUACAUGUAGCUUAUCUAGCGUGCGGAACUGUAUAUGUACAAUAUAUUAAUAAUCUCUGCCAAAACGAUGAAAGUUUAGUCUAGUUUUACAGUUCUUGUGUUGCUGACAUGGAGUGGAAACACGAGACAUCCUAUUAUUAUCACGAAUUUGUUGCUAAAUGGUUUGUGUGAAAGAUUGUCAUCUUUGUUACUAUUAACAGGAUUGGAAACUGCCAA